AUGGAACAAUCAGCAACAGUCGAGAAUCUAGAUAUUAGUCUACUUCCAAAACCGUUUCGGAAUCAAAACUAUAAAGCACAAUCCAGAAGAAACCGAAAUUUGAAGCAAAUCUUGCAAAACGACCCAAUUCAAAAUGAACCCACCAAAUUGUCCUACAGUUCUAUAGAGGCACCGCCAAGCAUUCUUCCGCAACCAAAGUAUUGUGAUGUUACAGGAUUGCCAGCUCCCUACACUGAUCCGAAGACACGUCUACGGUACCACAAUAAGGAAAUUUAUAGCUUGAUUCGGGAACUGCCAUCAGGCGUUGAUCAAGAAUACCUGAAACUUCGUUCAUCGGAUAUUGUUUUGAAGUAA